UUAUAUUUUGAUACCCAAAUUCUGAAACAUUACUAAAUUUAGCAAGCUUAAGAAGUGGACAUGCCAUAGCUUUCAGAAACCAGAGAAUUAUGUGAUGUGAGUGCUAAUAAGCUGCAUAUACCGUAAAAAGUGCAGGUAACACCACUGUUUGCACACAGAAUUUAUGUCAACUUUACUUUGUCUAUCAACGAGCCUUUCAUCAUAGUGGAAAACUGUACGACAUAAAGCCUCUCAUACCCCAAAAGUCCUGCACAUAACUUAACGAAAAGCAUAUAAAAAUCUAGGGCAGUUCUUAAGAUAUCAAAUUUCAAAAACUUGCAUGAGCACAUAGAAAUUGACAUGUUUUUCACAGGUGUAAAUGUUUUUUAUAAUAUAUUAAAGAUAAAAAUAGGACUAUGCAACAUUAAUUCAAGAAUAAUUUCAGAGUGAUACUUUUCAAGCAGGUUUUCGUGUGGUAUGUAUAUAAAAUAUAUGAGUAGGAUGUCACACUCAUUGCUUUUUUGCUGAGACGUUGAAAGACAGAGAUCGAUAGAACGUUUACACAAGCACCAGUGUCUAUUUUAUACGUAACCAUUGUAUUAUUGGUUGAGAGAUCGAUUAUCUCUUUGGUUUAUUAUUACGUUGAGAUAAGUUUGAUUAGAUUUUCGACAUUAUUUAGAAAAGUGUCCUUUACUUUUACAGGUAUUGCAUAUUUUGCCGUUUGCUGGGCACAGAAUUUGCAUUUCUUGAUUUCUUUGCUUUUUUGACGAUGGAUCAUCUGAUUGAUAUCAGAAUUAGCAGUUGAUGACGAUUGAGUUGAGUCAGGGAACCAGUCCCAAAUUGUUCUAUGAUACAAAACAUGUUGCCACGAUUUCAUUGAACUAAUUUUUACCCAACAAUUCACAAUUUCAAGCGUCAUUCAAACGUGAUUUGCAUGUGAAGAUUUGUUGACAGAAGCGGUUAAAAAAAAGAUGGAACAAUGAUGAAACAGAAGAGCUUGCUGAUUUACUCAAUUACCACUUUUUGUUGGAUGCGUUUAAAAUAAGAAUAUAUUUGUUAAAUACAGAUUAUGAAUUGAAAUAAAAAAAUACUUGUAAUAGCCUAAUUUGUAAAGUAUUUUUAUAUAAUUCAGAUUGACUUUCGUGGUAAAAAAUCUCACGAUUAGGGAUUGGUCUUGGCUGAAAUGUCUAAAAUGUUUUUCGUUUAACAUAUAUAUAGCUGUACAAUUUUUUUUCAUUUGCAAUCAGUUGCUAGUCUAAAAUUUUGGCGCAUGCGCACACUUUUUUCCUUAAAAUCGUGGUUUAAAUGACCAUGUUAAAAGCAACAAAAGCAAGCACGAGGAACCUGCGUACCCACUUCUGUAUCUCCAACAGACGGACCUAGGAAAAACGGAAACCUCACAAGAGCUUACGAGUGUGGCGGAAAUUGUUAAAGCCGGCUUCCUAUAUCUUUUGAUAUCCGCCAGCGAAGGCGGAAUCUUUAAAAUCGGCUGAGGAGAUAGAGAGAUAGAUGGAGACAGCGCGGCUAGCCUGGACGUUUUGACAAUUUUUUUCUGAGAGCGAGGCUAAAAUGACUUUUAAGCCAAUAAGAAUCCUAACAGUGCAACAAAUUGUUUUAUUAUCCAAUGAACAAUACUUUAUUUUAAAUUUUAUAUGCUAUCGAAAGAUAAUGCUCGUUCAGUGUAGCAUAAUGAAUAUCGUCUUAUAAUGCGCCAUCUUUGAUGUUAUUAACGUUUCCCUUUAAUAAUUACGUCAUUUCCUUCUGUACAAUUUUGCAAGCACGUAGACUAAAGCUAUAUUCAGCAGAACUAAUUAAUUAUUCACGAUUUUUAAUUUAAAGAGGAAUUGUUGAGACUGAAUAUUUUUGGUGAAAGAUAAUGUAUUAUAGCUAUAAAAUCAUGACAAGUGUGUUGCAAAAGAAAAAAUAAGAAUAUGUAGUCUGAUGAAAAUAACCUUUCGUAACUGAUUAUGUAAAAAAAAAAUUGCUGCUACCUUUAAAGAUAUUUUCCAAGUUGUUUUUCAGAGAAAAAAAGAAAAUAGAUAAAUUUUCAGCCUUGUCGUUAUUCCUAUUUUGUUUUUAUUGUUCAUCAAUUUUCAGGUUUAUUAUUUUUUUUAAAUUGUUUUUAUAAAGAAAUGAAGUUUAUGUAAGUUAAGUUAGCUAUGAUUUACAGUUACAAUAAUAAUCAAAAAUUAAAAUUUAAAAUUUUUAAAGUUCCGUACUUUUUCAGAUUAUUGCUAAUGGCGGAAAUCUUUACGCCACAGGGCUUCUUGUUAUUAUUUAACAUCAUACUCUUCAAACAUGAAGUGAAGAUUAAGGUAUAAGAACACAUUCUUGUUCAACCUCGUUCCCUGUUGUCUCUUCGAUUUCUGACGGCGAUACGAUAUAAAAAGAGACAAAAGACGCUGUGAAGGAGGUUGCGAUGUAUUGUUUGUCAAAAUACGUAUUGUUUUGCUUGAUGUUUAAGCAAGGUAUAUUUUUAACUAUUAUAAAUAUCUGGGCAAACGCUAACGAACCAUCAACGGCAAAAACAAAGGCUUUAAACAUAUUUGUUGUCAUUUCAAAUUUAGCUGUGUCCAUUGUCGGUUAACAGUAAGUAAAGGAUAGGAAUAUAUUUUGAAUCGAUUAAUCAAAAUUAUAGCAUCAAUUAAUUAUAAAUGGAUUUGAAGGUUUAAACAUUAUCGAAGACAGAUUAAGACUAAUGUUUUUGACGAUACAUUGCCGCGUUUUUUCAUCUUCUAAGAUUAAAAAUUAACUGUAAUGAUGAAAACUCCAUAUGGCAGAGUUGAUGUAUCAAUGAAGGACGGAGCUUCUCGACUUGAAGAUUUCAUCAUAUCCAACGUAGAUUACAAUCGCUCCGUAUCUGAACCAAUCUCAUCAAAAAUGCGUAGAACGAGUGUGGUAUCCAUGGGAACAAAAAGUACAAAUCGACAAAGCAUAUCCUAUCCUAGUAGAAGCCGUUCUAAUACUUGGACAGGGGAACAAGCGAAGUAUUUCACUGCAAUAAAUAGAAGAAGUAACGAUUUUACGAGGCCACCAAUAAAUUUUAAAGGAAAUUCCACGAAACGUUGUCAAGAUGUUAUUCUUGAACACGCAACAACAUCAACCAGAACAUCGUCGCCAUUAUUGCUAUCGCCAUUAUUGUUAUCUCCGUCAGCAGCAACGACAACAACAACAACAACAAUAAACAACGAAAACUACGUAAAAUUGAACGAAGACAUUGUCAAGGAGAUAAUAACUGAAAUAUUGCACACAAAUUUAGAGGGCGUAAGUUAUGAUCACAAAAAAUGCAAAAAUAAAAGUUCUGAGCUCAGCUGUGAAAUUCACGAUCGUUUGAAAAAUCUUUCCCAGAAUAAUUACAAAAUUACAGUGUUGAUCUAUCUUGGAGAAAUACGCGAUGAAGGAAUUGAAGUGAGCUCUCAGUGUAUUUGGGAUUCGAAAUGUGAUUGCGUUGUAAUAAGUUGCUUUAAAAACGAGACUUUAUUUGCAAUUGCGUCUGUUUUUGCUUCCCACCUUGAUUAAAACAAAAAAUGAAACAGUUGGAUUCACUUAAAAACCUACUAUACUGCUGCAGAGAGAAAUUAGAAGAGUCAUUUGCGUCUAUCUUGGAGAACUAAACUGGAUUAUACCAAGUUAUUCUUAUUUGGGCGGAGUAAAGAUUAUAUUUUGCAACCUCAUCCCAGUGCUCUUUGUUUCUUUUUGUAUACGGGCACGUAUUAAAUACACAUUUUGUUUUUGUUUUC